GUCAAAGGCCGGACGUUGUACGCCAUUUUCUUGCCCGUCAGCGUCAACGGGAAGUCUUAGUUUCCGGUGGCCGGAUGGCGAAGCCGGAGAAUUCGACGCACAAUUCGUCGGCCCUCCCUUCCUAUCUGCCAUUCGCUAGCAAAAGCACUCAGUCAAGCGACUCCGAUGUCGACCCAAACAGCUGUUCGCUCGAGAAAUUCAGGCUUUACGAGACGAGAGCGAGGUUCUAUCUAAUAGGAAGCGAUCGUCUCAAAAUGUUCUUCCGCGUGCUCAAGAUCGACAGGUCUGAGCCGUCCGAGCUGAACGUUAGUGAAGAUCCUGUUGUGUAUUCGCCUUUAGAAAUCAAGAAUUUGCUUCAGCGUAUUAGCGAAGGGAACCGUGCGACUGGAGGCCUCACUUUCGUUGCAAAAGUCUAUGGAAUCGCAGGUUGCAUAAAAUUUUUGGAGUCAUAUUAUCUUAUCUUAGUGACAAAGCGAAGACAGAUAGGAUGUGUCUGCGGGCAUGCCAUAUAUAGCAUUGAGGAAAGCCAGUUAAUCACAGUACCACAUUCAUCUAUACAGACUGAUAUGGCACACUCCAAGACUGAACUCAGGUACAAGAAGCUUUUUUCCAGCGUUGACCUGACCAAAGAUUUCUUUUAUAGUUAUACAUAUCCUAUCAUGCGAAGCUUGCAAAAAAAUGUGCUGGCAAUUGGGGAGGAAGGGAUGCCAUAUGACAACAUUUUUGUUUGGAAUGCAUAUCUUACAAAAGCAAUUCGAGACCAGUGUAAAAGUACACGUUGGACAAUUGCCUUGGUUCAUGGGCACUUCAAGCAGGUCAGACUAUCAAUAUUUGGGAGGGAGUUUGCUGUAUGUCUCAUCUCUCGACGUUCCCGUCAUUUUGCAGGAACAAGAUACUUGAAGAGAGGAGUUAAUGAUAGAGGCCGUGUGGCAAAUGAUGUUGAAACAGAACAGAUAGUCCUUGAUGAGGAGGCUGGGUCUUUCAAGGGAAAAAUGAGUUCAGUGGUUCAGAUGCGAGGUUCAAUUCCUCUAUUCUGGUCGCAGGAGACUUCUAGGUUCAGCCCCAAGCCUGAUAUAAUCUUGCAGCGAUAUGAUCCAACAUACCAAGCGACAAAGUUGCAUUUUGAAGACCUUGCUUGCAGAUAUGGGAAUCCGAUCAUUGUGCUGAACUUAAUUAAGACAGUUGAGAAACGGCCCAGAGAAAUGAUGUUGAGGCGUGAAUUUGCAAGUGCUGUUGGAUAUCUAAACCAGAUCCUUCCAGAAGACAAGCAUCUGAAGUUUAUUCACUGGGACUUCCAUAAAUUUGCUAAGAGCAAGUCGGCCAAUGUGUUGGCAGUUUUGGGUGCUGUAGCAAGUGAAGCACUUGAUUUGACUGGAUUUUACUACAGUGGAAAGCGCACUGUACCUAAAAAGAGAAUGAAUCAACUGAGUCGGACAAGUACAAGAACAAACUCUGUUGAGCUGGCAAAAAUUGGAGGUGUGACUGACUAUUUAAACUCAAUGUCAAAUCGAGACAGAGAGAAUGAAGCUGAUCAACAGCAAAAGAGCACUAAGGAUACAGGCUCAGAACCUCGUUUCCAGAAUGGUGUGUUGCGUACAAAUUGCAUUGACUGCUUGGAUCGUACAAAUGUUGCUCAGUAUGCCUAUGGAUUGGCAGCUUUAGGCCGUCAAUUACAUGCAAUGGGUUUGUCAGAUGUGCCUAAAGUGGAUCCAGAUAGUAGCAUUUCUGAAGCACUUACAGAUAUGUAUCAGAGUAUGGGUGAUGCUCUUGCACUUCAAUAUGGAGGCUCUGCUGCACAUAAUACUGUUUUGACUGAAAGGCAAGGAAAGUGGAAAGCUACAACUCAGUCACGCGAGUUCCUAAAAUCAAUAAAACGCUACUAUAGCAAUACUUACACGGAUGGUGAAAAGCAAGACGCAAUGAACUUGUUUUUGGGGUACUUCCAACCUCAAGAGGGAAAGCCAGCUUUAUGGGAGUUGGACUCAGAUUAUUAUCUUCAUGUAUCUGGGAUGGGCGAGGAGUCAGCCCAGUAUAACAGCUUAUCGCCAGAUGCUAUGUCUAUCAUAGGAGCCGGAACUAAUCUGUACCCUGUUCCAGCUUGUAGAGAAGAUUUCUCCAGAAUGAAAUUAACAUCAUUUGACAAAUUGAUUGAAAGAACCUGCAGUUCAAUAAAGAAUGUGCGGCUUUCCCGUGAACCUGAUGUUAAAGUUGCUUCAAGCAUUUCCGGAAUGGCUCCUGAUGCAGCUGAGAUUCAGCUGAAGAGUCCCAACUGGCUGUUUGGUCAAAGAAAGUAUGGGGACAACUCCAGUGUUUCAAAAUUUUCGUCACAGGACAGCACAGCCAUGAAAUCUCAAGAGGACAUGAGUGCAGAUAAUUUCUGUGAAUUAAGUUGGCUUUUCUCUGGUGAUGUGUGUGAGGAGGAUAUCUUCCAGAGGUACCUUGCAAUGACUUCUGGCGGCAACAGCAAUAGUUUGUACGAUGGAAACCUUCUGUUUGACCAAGAUGAAAGUAGUGAAAUAUACUUGCAUUAUGCAGAACUAUGUCAGGGCCCUGCUCUGGAGCCAUUCCAGCACGAGCCAGAGAAGGAGAAACACUACGCAGAAGUCUUGCAGCUGCCAAUAAUGGAAGGAGCAGAUGACAAUAAUGUUGCGUUAGAGAUGGAAGCAGCAUUAAGGGAGUAUGAGCAUAUAGGAUCAGACCUUGGGAUCACUGCCACCUGCAAAUUUUCUGCGGCAGACCCAAGCAGAUUAACCAGAUGGAUAAUCGGGGAGGAGGGCAGAAAGGUAUAAUUCUUUUUCAUUUUCAGCACUUUCUUUUGUAAAGCGAGCAUAUGUAAAAUCUAUUGAGCACUGUAUAGUCCAAAUUUUACCUUGAAAAUCUUGGUUUUCUUCUGUGUAAUAGUUUCAUGUCUGAUGGGAUCAAUAUUUAAUGAUUCCUGGACAAUUCAGAUCAGUAUGAUUCUAUGAUGGGUGUAUGGGUUAUAAGUCUUUUCUUA